AUGCCUGAAAUUGGACAAAGAUUAGAAAAUGAUGAUUUAAUUCCAUUAUUUGGUUAUGAUCUUAUAAAACAUUGUUUAAAAAGAAAAGAUACAUUAAUUGCUUAUCCAAUUGAAAUAUGUAUUCAUCUAUUAGAAAAUAGUUUAAAUGAAGAAGAUCAGGAAACAACAUUAAAUGAACUUAAUUAUGAUCCACAUGUCUCUGCAAGUAUACUUAAACAAUAUUUAAGAGAAAUUCCUGAUCAUUUACUUACAACUGCACUUUUACCACAAUGGAAUGAGAUUAUUUCACUUCGGUUAACACUUUUUUCUCUUUUUCUUAUUCAAGUAUCGUAA